AUGAAGCUCAGUAUCAUGAUCGGUGCGCUGAGCGUGGCUGCCUUGGCGUUUGUGAGCAAUACCGUGGAUGCGUCGACGGAAGCCGUGCAGACGUCCCAUCACGUGCGCAGUGUCUACACAGACAAUGAUGACGAUGACCGUAACAGCCGUGACGGCAACAGGGGCGCUUAUGACAAGCGUCCUCUUGGCUACGGAGAUGAAGACAAGGAUAGCCGCGACGACAAGGAUAGCCGCGACGACAAGGAUAGCCGCGACGACAAGGGAGACGUCUACAGCCAGAAGGCUGGUGGCGGAACGAAGCGUCGCUCCGGGGAUGAUGACGACAUGGAUAGCCGCGAGAACGACGAUGUCUAUGGCAUGCAGCCAAGCGUCUACCGCAAUUAG